CGUAAACACCGUGCGCAUGCGCAGUUUGUUGUCUGCGCAUGUUUGUAAUGGUUGUUUUGGUUCGUGUAGAUUAAGUCAGAGUCUGAGCAGAAAUGAAGAGUCCAGCUGUUUGCGUUAUAUUUGUUCUGUUUGUCGCAGAGUCGACGAGCAGCCUGAACACGGAAAAUGUCCUGAUUAAUGUGACAGCACUGACGACAGCAGGGACACUUGCAGACUCACGACUGCAAGAGUUCAACAACUUGCAGCUCCGUUUGAACGUGUCUGUGGGUGAAGAGCACGUCCUGGUCAACCACAUCCCAGUGGAGCUGUCAGGAGUCACCAGAUUCACCUGCCAGGCUCUUCUCUUGGACAGCAGCAAUGGCAGCAGUGAGUUUGAAUCUGGGAACUUGGUGUCGACUGUCACCCGUGUGAUGGUGAGCCAAAACAGGCUGUACAGCGACUCAGAGGAGGUGGUCACUCUACAACUGUUCAGUGAAGUCAUCGAGAUGGAGGGCAAACAGGUCCAGCAGCCUGACAUGUGUGAGGUGAAGAUCCUGAUGAGUCCAGACUUUCAGAAACUGGCUCAGUUCAUCAACAUCUACCCCAUCGGACACAGUGAGAUUUUCAGGGUUCCCAGAGAAAACGACAUGGUUGUCACAGGUCUGCCAAGCUCUAGAAAAGAUGAAGAGCAGCUGAUCUCCCAGACCACCAGCCAGUACCCCCACACAGAGAAGCACUCAGAGACCACCCAGGAAGAGAUCGCAGCCCCAGGAAAGCUUCCAGAGACUCCCCUGCGCAUGGACCCUGACCUACUGUCUGAUGUCAUGAACAGUGAUGACUAUGAUGAUAGAGAUCCAAGUCAUCUGACCCCAAUCAGAAACCAGCAUCAAACGGAAACUCCACCUAAAGAACCUGAAUCUUCCUACUCGGCCAUGUGUCAGUGGGUGGAGCAGGCCAGGGAGCGUCUGCGGCGCUUCUGCUCCGAGUCCCUGCCCCUCUUCUUCCUGGUUAUGUGGGUGGUCGUGAUUGGCAUUGUUGGAUCAGCACUCAUCGUGAAGAUCCUAGACUUGUUCUUCCCAACCUGUGAACACAAGCACCUUUUUCACCUGAACCCUGUCACGCUGAUGCUGGAGGAAGAGACGCACAGUCUGCUGGAGAGCAUCGAAACAGAAGCAGCUGAAGAGGAGAAGAAGCCCUGAACAAGGACACACAUGGCCAGCUCCUUUCAGUCUGAUCUCAUUUGUUAUUUAAAGUUCAGCUUUACAUCUUUGGUUUGACCUGGUGCUGUUCCUGUCACCACUCUAGGUUUUCACUUUAGUUCAUACUUUAAACAUGUUGGCUGUGAAGCAGGAGCAGGUUUACUGGUGAAAACCACCAGGAACACUUGGGAUUCCCCGUGGAGGUGGACAUGAAUGAUGUGAGCUCUAGAGUGAGCUGGAACGUCUCCAGGAGCUUUGACAUCAAAUUCUACAGUUUUAGGCUCCGAACAUUUAUAAGUGAGCUCAUGUUUGCACUAACGGAGUAAGCAUUGAAACACCCUUCAAAAUGGUUGUCCUGUAUCACAGCUUUGAAAUAAAAUGUGCAAAUUACGCCUCAAAACAUGCAUCUCCAUGUGGAAUAGUUUAAUAGCAGGAUACUGCUUAAUGUGGAUUAAAUAAAAUAAAAAAGAUCAGUAACUUCUUGGUGAAACAUGAGAGAAGUCAUCUGCUUGGAGCUCUACAGGAGGAACAUCGUUUAUAGAGUCCAAACACAGAAAGUUGGACUUUACGUGACUCAGCUGGUGCUCUGACAAUACAGUUUUUACACAAUCACACUUUUGAUGAUGUUUCUACAAAAUGUUCAACUGACAGUCGAUGAUGUCACUAACCUCUUAGCUGCCUCCUCUUCCUCCCGCACCUCUUUAUGGAGCAAAUCCUACAUCAGAAUGUAGACAAGAUCGCCUUCUUCCACCAGGUGCGUCUCACUGCUGAAGGACCUGUCGUUCUCUCCCUGAACGCAGCGAGCACACAACCAGGCCUCAGUUAUACUUGAGCUCACGAUGUUCUUGUAGAAGCAGGAAGUGAAGGCUCCAUAUCUCUUACAUAAAACGCUGUGGACACAGAAACAUUCACGUGUCAACAUCAUUGUGUGCUGCUCACAAUUCAAGGGGUUUUAAGGUUUGACUUGGUUUUCACACAGUGACUGUUUCCUCUGUUGGCAGUCAGCACGUGACGGGCUCAGGUGUUUGGUUACCCUAGAUCAUAAUGAGCCACUUGUAACAGCUUUUAUGUUUCUUUGUCUCUCUUACAUCUCAUACAGUUCAGUUGUGGACAUUCGUCUUAAUUUUACUAAGUUAUGUUAGAAUCUUUGGCCACUUAAACAUUUUCUUUGAAAUGUUCUCGUUAAUCACUUGCACUUUAAAUGAACAAGAGUGUGCACUUACCUGAGAGAACUCAUUUGCAGUGCCUAUAUAAAGUAUUCAACCAUUUGAACGUUUUAUUCAAUUCGGUCUUUAUUUCUACAGGUUAGUCUCAUUGAGCCUCGAGGACUCGUUUACAACAGAGACCUGGUUUUA